UCUCCCUAGUGCCCCCAGCUGUUCGCUCACGGACAGGAUAAUCCGGCAGAUGAUGAGCGAAAAUCACCACCGUAGGUUUUGUUGGUGGGACGGGGAGGGAGAGGGUCAGGUAAGCGGUUGGCAGCAGUUCUUGAUGACGUAUUUAAUGGCUCGCAUACCACUAAUUACCUCAAGUUGCCAGAUCGAAAAAAAAUUAUCUUCCAUUUAUUUCGCUUCCUUCAUAGUACUUUCUUCAUCAUUAAACCCCGACCGAAAUACCUAUCACUCAACCAAUAACCGUGAAGCCUCGCGUGAGAUAUCAACAAAAACUGUAUCUGUUUACAAGUCGAACAAAACACGUCCACAACCUGACGACCCUUGGCAAUCCAUACACCACAUGUGACCAAAUUAAUCCCACGGAAAAGGCAUCCUGGACGAAAGAACUACUAAAACACUCAGGUCCCGCGCCAACGUUCGCCUUUGUCUAAAUAAUUCCUUGUACACAGAUACAAGGGAAUCUAGUCUCUCACGCGUACCCUGUAACCUUCAGGCUGUGAAAUUGAAACGAGUUGUUUUUGUUUUUGUAUAGUUUUACCUGUAUAUACUUUCAGGCUGCGAAACCCAAGCGAGAUUUCUUUUGUUUUAUUUUUUGCAAAUCUUACUCGUGUUAUACACAUCUAUUUCCAACUAUCUUAAAUGGCAUGGACUAAAACCAGAUCCAAAUAAACAAAUAUUUUCUCCACUUAACUUCAUUAAGCUAUGUAGUUACCAAGCCCCUCAGGGUUCAUUUCCCUGGGCCGAAAAUAUACCACAGCGUUGGCACAGCCUUUCUCUAACCCUCCAGGUGUUGCCACUAGCUUGUGACAGUUGGUGGGUGUCAGCCAAGUACCGUCACACCUUCAGCCUAUACAAGGUCACGCCUAUUCCAAGGUUUUAUGUGUCCUUCAUGUGGCACUUGAAAUACGGCGCAGGGAACCACAUGAAGGUGAGAAGGGGCAUCGCAAGGCCCAAGGCAAACCAUUAGAAGAGCCAAAGAGGUGCCAUUGCAAGGCUGAGGGGGCACCGUUGACAAGGCGGAUGGGCAACAAGGGAAGAGCCAAAAUGCACUUUUCAACGGCUGAAGGGAACCACCGGUUGCGCCGAGGAGUGCCACUGAAAGGAUCGAGGGAAGCUUGAAUUGACUGUACUACGGGUAUUAAGUGUCCUUAAUGCGACCGUGGCUUACAGUCACAUUAUCAGUUUAAGUUUUAGUGUAUAUACUUAUCCAUCCAUAUGUUUGCCUACAAAUCAUUCAAACCGUCUUUCUGUUUACAUUCUUGUGCAUUGUGCUUGUAUCCAAAUGAGGACAGAGCAACGCCCUCCUUGCCACUCGCUCACCCGACGCACCACGCAUGCGCAACCGACACGGAAACUUCAUUCUUUUCCCGCGCUCAAGAUGGCUCUUAUCCAGCUGAAGGAGCGACGAAAAGAGAUGCAGCAAUUCGAGAGGAAUAUGUCCUCCGUGUCCCUCCAGGAGCUGUGGUGCCAGUGCCAAGGCAACGCCAGCGCCACGCCCCACCUGCUGAUCAUCCAGCAGAAGAUGCUGCAGCUGCACGAGGAGGCCCAGAGUCACGUGGUGUGGUACGUGCUCGCCGUGCUGGCCCUGUACCUACUCGGCCUCGCCCUCAUCAUCGGCACGUCCGCCCGCUCCGAGCGCCUCAACGCCCACGCCGCCCUCUGCUUCUGCCUGCGCCGCUUCUUCUCCGCCGUCAUCACGCCCGUCAGCAAGCAGGGCGAGCGUCAACAGCAGGAGAACCCGAAGAGCCCGAAGGCCCUCAGUUCGCCGAACAAAGAACGGUCUUCCGUCAGCGUCAUUUCCAGACCCUCGUUCGAUGCCCAUUUCAGGUGCAAUUCUUGGCCCCCCGAGAGAGUGCCGAGGGGGACGAUGCCACUGUGGUGAUGCCCCUGCUUUGAUGUCCCUGUGGAUAUGCCUCUACGGUGAUGCCCUUGAGGUGAUGCCCCUGUGGCAAUGCCCCUGUGGGGAUGUCCCUGGCUUAGGCAUUAUUGGUUUCGCAUCUGUAGACUUAAAACGUUGCUCUACGAGUCUUAAUGUUUAAUCAUCUCUCAAUUUCGUUUUAUUUAUACUUAAUUCGCUCAUAUCUCUUGUCGAGACUAUAUUGCAAAAGGGAGUCCAAUUGCAGCAGGACAAAAGAUGGUUCUAAGAGGCCCUUAAUGAAUAAAGGUGAUACUGGUCCAAUAUCCUC